CGGAACCGGAAGGCUCGCGGGGGGCGGGCAGUCCUCCCCCACUCCUCGGGCUCAGCCCCAAGGCCUGGGAGUUGUAGCAAUGACGGCGCGCGGCACCCCGAGCCGCUUCCUGACCAGUGUUCUCCACAACGGCAUGGGUCGCUACGUGCAGCAGCUGCAGCGGCUCAGCUUUAGCCUCAGCCGCGACGGGCCCUCGUCCCGCGGCGCCAGGGAGUUCGUGGAAAGGGAGGUGACCGACUUCGCCCGCCGGAACCCGGGGGUCGUAAUAUAUGUGAACGCGAGGCCGUGCAGUGUGCCCAGAGUAGUGGCUGAAUACCUUAACGGGGCACUGCGCGAGGAGAGCAUCCAUUGCAAGUCGGUCGAGGAGAUCGCGACACUCGUACAGAAGCUGGCGGACCAGUCGGGCUUAGACGUGAUCCGCAUCCGCAAGCCCUUCCACACUGACAACCCUAGCAUCCAGGGCCAGUGGCACCCCUUCACCAACAAACCGACAACGUUGGGCGCGCUACGUCCCCGAGAGAUCCAGGAUCCCCCAGCCCAGGUGCAAGCGCAGUGAAGAGAUGCUCUACCAACUCCAAUCCUAGGCUUUGGACCCUUUCUCCAGUAGAGGAAGUUAUUCCUCUUGUAGUUCAGGGGAUUCCAAGCCCAGGCAGGGUGAUGGUGCCCACCAAAGAAGUUGAAGGCCAAAGCUUUUGCUUGGGAUAAAGCUGCCUUUUUGGUGCUCACUGUGAGGGUCAGUGACUUUGUGAGUCUUCAAAUUCUUAUCCAGUUGAGGUCCCUGAAAAUCUGAGUCUUCAAGGAUUUUGAGGGUCCUCAUUUCUGAAAUCCAAAUUUAUAAUUGUGAUCUCAAAUCACAGGAGUUUCAAGGCUGGCUUCUGAAGAGUACCUGAUGUCCUUUUUCUGCAACCUUUAAGCUAGAGAAAGCUAGCACCUUAUAGUCUGCUGAGCCUGGCAUUGGGCCAGACACUUUAUAUCUGUGUGAAUGUGUACAUUUAGAGAACUGAGAUUAAUAAACUUGCCCAGGGUCACACAAGA